AUGGUUAACAUAGUGAAUUUGUUGCUGUUACAAAUCCCUCUUCUACAACUAUCCACGGCAAUGCGCGACAUGGAAAGGAAUCAAGUGAUACUGGCUCCAACCGUUCGUAAUAGUGUCACAACGGCGACGACCAAGACUGAUUCUGAUAAUCAAGUGGUAACACCAGAAAAUGGGAAGGGAAAGGAACCGACAUCGCUUCGUAUAACAGAUAGUUUGAUUUGUAAUGAUAAGGAAUGUUAUCCCAGGGUAUUCGAACCAGAAGAUCAAUGGAAACCAAUUAGACCAGAACAGCAAUUGCCAGGUGGAUUAGAUAUUAGAAUGAAUUUGGAUACUGGUUUAAAAGAAGCGAAAUUAUUACCUAUUGAAGAGAGAAAUGUGAAAACAUUCGCCAAAGUAGAUAAAGAGGAAAAAGAAGUAGAAAAGGAGAAAAGCGAUGUUGGUUCGCCCAAAGAACAGAUUAUUGAAAGGAAAGAAAAGCAAGAACAGAAACAAUCUACUAUAGCCCAAGAUAGUGUAACUGAAUAUGAAUUUUCAAAUGAUUUUAAAACAAUAAGAGAUCUGCUUUACAAUCCAACAAUCCUAUCAAAAGAUUUAGAUAACUUAGAAACAAUAUUCGAUAAUGUAAUGGAAUUUGCACAUGAUUAUAAACACGGAUAUAAGAUCAUAUCUCAUGAAUUCCGAUUGUUACAAAAUAUUAGUUUCAAUGAUCAAUUACCACCUACUAUUAGAGAAUUAAGUACAAGAGUCAUUACCAGUUGUCUAAGAAAUAAUCCACCCGUGAAAGAAUAUAUUAACAAUAAUUACCCCGCAUUCAUUGAUAACACAUUUGUUGCUAUGGAUAUUUUAGUUAAUAAUCUUUCUUAUGAUUUAAAAAUUAAAAAAUUUCUUUUGAAACGGUAUCUUUCCAUACUAAAUGAACUUAUUGAAACGCCUUAUCAAUUUACCAAGGAUAAGAUGAUCAUUUUACAACAUAUUUAUGCAAUUCAAGAUCAACAAAUUAAAAUUAAAAUAUUAGAAUUGAUAUCUAUAUGUUUUACCGAUGAGAUUGAUAGUAAUGAGAAUGAGGAACUUCCGAACUUGAAUAAAAGGGAUAAUAUUCAACAAAAUGUUCCAGAUUUACAAUCAUGGACUAAUGAGUUCACAUCUUUGGUUCAAGAUAAAGAUCUAGAUGAAUGGCAUUUGAGGAAAUUUUUCAAUAGUUUGUAUAAUAUUAAGACCACAUUUAAGAAGGAUAUUAAGAUAGAUUCCAAAUUUUUAAAUUGGUUAGCUGAACAAGAAAAGCAAAGAACUAAAAGAUUAAAUAAUGGACUACAAGAAAGAGAUUUGGAACAAGAUUCAUUCGAUGAAAAAUUGAUUUCAAGUAGACAUUCUAUCUUUGGUAAUCCAUUGGCAGACAGAAUUAAACAUUUUGAUGAUGAAUUAUGA